AUGGACACACAUGAAGAUUCUGAAGUUGAUUGUUUAAUUCCGCAAAAUAAUAGUGAAAAUGAUAAUACUAAUUAUACAACAACAACAACGUCGUCAAUCCCACCAGCUUCAGGUUGUACUAUUCCAACACCCAUAGGUCGAACAACCUUUAACAUGGCCUUUAUUUUGUAUUUGUUUGCAAGUCUUGGUGUUUUAUUGUUUUCUAGUACUGUUUGGUACAUAAUGUGGAACGCUGAUUAUUUAUUUUUCGUGUGGCAUCCAACAUUCAUGGCUUUAACUAUUUUCAUGGUCACGAAUGGCAUUCUUGUUCUUCAAAAAACUACGACCAGAGAAGAAAAAAGUAUGGGACUUAACUUGCAUAGAUUGAUUCAAACUAUUUCGUUAUUAAGUGUAAUCAGUGGAUUUUACGUCAUCAUCACUUUUAAAAAUAUGAAAAAUAAAGAACAUUUUGCAUCUUCUCAUGGAGUAUUUGGAUUAAUAACAAUUAUACUUUUGAUAAUCCAAUCAGUUGGAGGAGUCACUUUGGCAAAUUUUCCUGGAUUAUUUGGAGGAGUUACUAAGGCACAAAUGAUUUAUAAAUAUCAUCGUAUAAGUGGAUAUUUCUUGUUAUUUUUUAUUUAUUUAACGGCUCUCGGAGGCACACAAGCUGAAUGGACAAAACAACAAUUUGAUCAUUUAUGGAUUUGGCUUUUAGCAAUCGGAUUG